AAUAUAAAUUAAGUAUCUCACACCAAUGCAAUUUAUAUUUAUAGUGUACCGUUUUAUCAUUUUUAAUCGCUACCUUUGAAUUUAAAAAUGGUUUUUAUGUGACGAAGUUUUUUAUACAUCCUUAGCAAAAUUAUACAGUUUCUUUCACAAAGAUUUUUUAGUGAAUAAUUCAUUUCCUUUCAAAUCUGUUUAAUUUACGAUAAAUAACCUUCAAGCGAUUCUGAUAAUAUUUUUUAUCGUUUUUUUUUAUGAUGGCAAUGUGAAAUGCACAACCUAAAUAAUACAUUAAAGGUCGCGAAAAUACUUGAAUGAUUAGUUCGUUCUCGGAAACCAGACAGUUUAAUCACAUCGUUUUUAAAGUGAAAGUGUAUUGUCCAAUUUUUGUAGAUGAUUAAUUUCUUUUAUUCAAUAAUAUAUACUAAAAUGUUUUUUCUUCAUGUUAAUCAAAGUAAAUGAUUAAGAAUUUUCAAGGUUGUAUAAUGAUGACACCUUCUGAAGAUAUAGAAACAAAAAAAACUAUCCUCAAUAAUAAUAAUAGAAGAAGAAUUAGAGCUCUGAUAGCCUACUGGAUUCUCGGACUAUGCAACAAUUAUGGAUACGUUGUUAUGUUGACAGCUGCUAAUGACAUAAUUAGCAGUCAGAUGGGAGAAGAUUCUUCCAAAGACAAGAAAAGUUCAACUAGAGAUUGUACGUAUCUAUCAACAGGUGCUAUUUUAUUAGCAGAUAUUCUGCCUGGACUUUGUUGUAAGAUGAUAGCUCCCUUCCUACCUUUUUUUGUACAUGUAAGAGUAGCCCUAUGUGUCAUCUUGGCAGCUUCAGGAUUCAUUAGCGUCGCGUAUAGCCAAACUUUAUUCGUAUCUCUUUUAGGAGUUGUAUUUACUUCAUUAGCUGCUGGCUUAGGGGAAGUUACCUACAUGCAGUACAGCAGUUUCUUUGAUAGAAAUGUGGUGUCGACAUGGAGUUCAGGUACGGGAGGUGCAGGAAUAAUAGGGGCACUGUCUUACACUAUUUUAUAUCGCCUGGGCAUGAGAACUACUCUGCAAAUUUUGUUAGUAGUUCCCAUAACCAUGGGAUUGACAUUUUGGGUAUUACUUCCAACCCCCUCCGAAGAUGAUAUUGCUUUCGCUUUGGAAAUUCAAAAAUUGGUGAAUAAUGAAGAAGUAAAAAAUCCCAAAGCAGCAUUUGUAAAAAAAUUAAAGUUAUUACCGGGUCUAAUAAAAUAUAUCAUACCAUUCACUUUGGUAUAUGUAUUUGAGUAUUUCAUCAAUCAAGGAACUUUUGAAUUAAUUAGAAUUAAUCAAUCGGGUAUGGACCCAGAAAAACAAUACAGAUGGUUCCAAGUAACUUAUCAAAUAGGAGUAUUUUUAUCUAGAUCUUCUGUUAAUUUAUUUCAUAUCAAACAAACUUGGUGGAUGACUCUGUUCCAAGGGAUAAACGUAGUGAUAUUCACUACAGAAGCCAUAUUUUAUUAUAUUCCGAAUUUCUACAUUGUUGUCGCACUUGUACUUUGGGAAGGACUACUUGGUGGAUCGUCGUAUGUUAAUACAUUUUACAGAAUUUCAAAUGAAGUAUUAGAAGAGAAUAAGCAGUUUUCGAUGGCCAUAACCACUUUUGGUGAUAGUAUUGGUAUCACACUUGCAGGAUUUUUGGCUAUUAUUGCACAUAAUCAGAUAUGUGAUUUACCUCUUCCUCAAUAACAAGUAUUAUUAUUUUUUAUAAGUUUAUAAAAACAUGUUAUUUAUUGACUUGAUAUAUUUUUAAUAAAGAUUUUCAACAA